AUGUCGUUUUACAACAUAAACAUAAAAAAUUACGAAGAUAUAUUAAAUAUUAUAAACAGCAUUAUAAAUAAAAUUAUACAAACUAUAAUAGACGUAUGUUUGAUAGUAUUAGAUUAUUUAAAACAUACAUUAGAAGAUUAUAUAAACAAACAUAAACAGCCGUUAUACAUACAAUUAUUGUAUAAACUUUAUGGUGUAGGGUUUUCUUUAAUUAAUAUUACAGCUAUUUAUUUAAAUUUACCAUUUCAGGUUAUACCAAAAGCGUGCAUUAUGUUUAUUUUUACUAUUAUAAGUGUUUUAAUAGAUCUCAAUAUAAUAGACCAAGAAAAUGUAAAAAAUAAAACAAAUUUAAUUAAAAAAUUUUUAAUCAGUUUACCUUUAAAAUAA